GCCAAAGUAACCUACUUCAGUUGGGCAAACACGGACUGCUACCGCACAGAGGUCCCAACAAGUCACCGAGAGGUGUCUUUCUCUGACUGACUCAGGACAAGGGUGGGCAGUAAGCGGUCCCUCAAGAGUCUUCCCAUCAGGGAUCUACACUGUCCUAGAAGUGGGGACCCCACUGUCCUUAGGAAGGAUCGUUGCCUGGCUCUGCAGCGGAGGGGACACCUUGUUCCCAGGCUAUUUACAGAGACUUUGAACACCAAUGAUGGAUACAAAAAUGGACAACAAUUUUACUACAGCCUCUGCAGCAACUCAGGAAAGUGACUGUGACCUCUAUUCACACCACAACACAGCCAGGAUACUAAUGCCUCUGCAUUACAGCAUUGUCUUCAUAAUCGGGCUUGUGGGAAAUGUGCUAGCCUUGGUUGUUAUUGUUCAAAACAGGAAAAAAAUCAACUCUACCACCCUAUAUUCAACAAAUCUGGUGAUUUCUGACAUACUUUUUACCACUGCUUUGCCUACACGGAUAGCCUACUAUGCACUGGGCUUUGACUGGAGAAUGGGUGAGGCCUUGUGUAGGAUAACUGCUCUUGUGUUUUACAUCAACACAUACGCAGGUGUGAACUUCAUGACCUGCUUGAGCAUUGACCGGUUCUUUGCUGUGGUGCACCCUCUGCGAUACAACAAGAUGAAAAGAAUUGAACAUGCAAAAGGCAUUUGCAUAUUUGUCUGGAUUGUAGUAUUCGCUCAAACACUCCCACUACUCAUAAAACCUAUGUCAAAGCAGGAGGAAGAAAGGACUACAUGCAUGGAGUAUCCGAACUUUGAAGAAACAAAAUCUCUUCCCUGGAUUCUGCUGGGUGCGUGUUUCAUAGGAUACGUGCUCCCUCUCCUAGUCAUUCUCAUCUGCUAUUCUCAAAUCUGUUGCAAACUCUUUAAAACUGCCAAACAAAACCCACUGACUGAGAAAUCUGGUGUAAACAAAAAGGCUCUCAACACAAUUAUUUUUAUAAUUGUUGUGUUUGUUCUCUGUUUCACACCUUACCAUGUUGCAAUUAUUCAACACAUGAUUAAGAAGCUUCAGUCUCCUGAUUUACUGGAAUGUAGCCAAAAACAUUCGUUCCAGAUUUCUCUGCACUUUACGGUAUGUCUGAUGAACUUCAAUUGCUGCAUGGACCCUUUCAUAUAUUUCUUUGCAUGUAAAGGGUACAAGAGAAAGGUUAUGAAGAUGUUGAAGCGUCAGGUCAGUGUAUCAAUUUCCAGUGCCGUGAAGUCAGCCCCUGAAGAAAACUCACGUGAAAUGACAGAAACUCAAACAAUGAUACAUUCCAAGUCUUUAAAUGGAAAGUAAAAACGAAUUAAAUCUUGAGUUUAUAGCAAAGAGACCGCAUGAUGAACUUUGGUGGACUUUUCUUAUAAAGCAAAACGAUUGUUCAACUUCCAAUUAGGAUUCUUGUAAAUUCCUUUCAUGGGGCAUGAGCUCCCACCUCCAAAUUGGAAGUAAACUGGUAUAUAUUAUUUUUUGUACUCAAGAAAACAACAUAAAGCAAAGUUCUAAUGUGUAAAUAAAAUACUAUACCAAAAGGGAGGUUAUUUUAAUAUCUCUCAGUAUAAAAAGCUUUUUAUGUUAAUGAAAAAUUUAAACAUCAGUAUUUCCUACCAAUAAUUUGGCAAAAGAAAAAAAGACUGUAGGAUUGUAUAUUGCCAGUGUAAAAAUGUCAAUAUUGUAACAUGUUUCUUUUUGUUAACAUAUUUCUUUGACCCAUACUUCUUUCAAUCUUAGACUUUAAUCUCCUUGAUAACAUCAGCAUUUUCUUUUCUUUUGUUCUGAGUCAUAAAAUUUUGUUUCAAAGAACUCUUUUGGAAUAAAGAGCAGGAUGCUACAAAAUCAA